AUGACAUCCCUAGCUCCUGAUAUUGAUGUCGAUGAGGCAGAUAUUUACGUUCUUUCUCAGGGGUUGGAGAAGUCUAACAAAUUGGCUCUUGAAAUAAAUAAAUCCUUGAGGAAGAUAUCGUCAACGUCAAGCCAAUCAACCCAGCUUUUCACACCCAUCUUAUCCAGAAACAAUAUGUUAAUUACCUUACAGAGAAAUAUUGAAAGUACCUUGAACUCUGUUGCAUCUGUGAAAGAUCUAGCUAACGAGGCUUCCAAAUAUGAAAUUAUUUUGCGGAGAGGGAUUGGGAAGAUUGGUCUGAAGCAAUACACACAAAUAAUGCACAAACUGGAUGAUAUGGUGGAAGAUAUCAAGUCCGGGAAAGAGCCCAAUGCUGAGUUUUAUGGUAUUCUGACGCAUUUGACCGACUUGAUCAGGCAGAGCGAAAACCAGCUGAAACUUUAUUUCACAGCUGUCAUCAACUCACUUCCUGAUUUUGACCCUAUGAUCAAUAUGGAAAAAAGAAUUCCUUUCCCAUACUACAAUGAUCAGCAGCUAAAUGAAUUGACAUGGAUCCUGGACUAUUUUUAUAACAACAGUGAGGGCUCUCUGAUUGAAACUGUUUUUGUGCACCAAAGAAGUGAGAAAAUUAUCAAGUGCAUGGGGUUCUUGGAGCCUUUUGUUAAGAAAAUUACAGGUGCCAAGGGCGCACCUUAUGAAAAAGGGAGCAAUGGGAUGUUAAAUUAUACAGAAGCUUUAUUGGGUUUCAUUGCCAACGAAAGAUCUCUUGUUAAUGAUCUUUAUUCGCAGUAUACAGCAUUACAACCAAAUGUACUCAUAUCGAUUAUCACUCCAUUGCUAAAGGUAUAUUCCAAGCUAUUUCUAACGAACAUAACUGCGGUACAGGAUAACUUGCAAAACAUUGGUAUAUACAGUUUCGAAUUGGUUGAAUCGGUCGAAAAGGUUAUCAAAGCUCUAAGGUUCAAUAAGGAAUUGGAGCAUCAUCCCUUAUUGCGAAGCUGCGUAGAUAAAGUGCAUUCUGUGACAAAAUCCUUAUACAAAGAUACGGUUCAGAGAAUAGUGCAACGAGUCAAUUUGCUAUCAUCUGUGCCGAGUGAUAGUGGUGUUUCUGAACCAACUGUUGAUACCAUGUCCAGAUUAAGAAAGUUCAGCGAAUAUCAAACUGGUUGUUUAAAUGCAAUGAAUGGGAUUUCCCGGGAAGAUUGGAUGGUGGAACCGUUGACGGAUAAAGAGAGUACCUUCAAUCAAGGUUCUUUACAGAACGCAAGCAACGAUGCUCUACUAUCAUGCUUUUUUAGUGAUUGUGUUGAUCUUCUGUUGGUCAGUUUAGAAAAGAGAGCUCAGAUGUUAUUAUCACAAGUAGAGGGUGGCUCAGGCAAGAAUCAUAAACAAAGAAUUGGCUUUUUUGCGUUGAUGAACAUAACCUUGGUGGAGGAAAUUGUCCAGAAAUCAAACUUGAAUGCGAUCAUUGCGCGGGAGGGUCACACCAGACUUGAAAAACUAAAAAAGAGGUACAUAGGAUACAUGGUCGAGGAUUGGAGGUCUCUAACUGCCAUCCUGAUGGAUUCUGUUCAUAUUGAUAGCACAGGGAAAAAAACAAAGGACAAGGAGCUUAUCAAGGAAAAAUUCAGGAAAUUUAAUGCAGGCUUCGAGGAACUGGUAUCGAAAGCCAAACAAUACAGACUCAACAAUGAUUCUUUAAAGCAAAUCUUAAAGUCUGAAAUUCUGUCUCUGGUGAUUCCAAUGUAUGAGAGAUUCUACAGUAGAUACAAGGACUUUUUCAAAAAUCCAAGGAAACAUAUCAAAUUUACACCUGGUGAACUGACUUCCACUAUUAACCAGUUGGUCAAAUAG